CCCCCCUUCACCUUCACCUUCACCCAGACAGCUCCUUUGGGUCAUUGCUUGCCUCUGCAUGCAGCAUCGUGCCAUCAUGACGCGGUCCCGGGCGAGGCUUUUCCCGUGUUCGAUUCUCUAUAUCUACCGGCAUGUAUCCCCUCGAUCAACUUCAGAUGCAAUCAUUCAUUCAUCGCAAUCGCAGUUGCAACAAUGCAGAUCAGGCCUUCAUCCUUGUUCUUCGCCCUUGUCGGGGCCACGUCGGCUCUGCAGAACACCACUUCUGCGGCCCAGUGUCGAUGCAUGCCGAAUUCGUCUUGCUGGCCGUCGGUUGAUGAAUGGUCGCAGUUCAAUUCCUCUGUUGCGGGGAGACUGAUCAAGACUGUUCCUCUGGCUUCGCCGUGCCAUGCUCCCAACUACAAUGCGACUGAGUGCCAGUAUCUCCAGGAUCAGUGGACACAGCCUGCUUUGCAUGAUGAGUCUUCUUCAUCUAUCAUGGCUGCUGCUGUGGCCAAUGGAAGCUGCGACCCAUUCACAUCUCCAUCCAGUCCUUGUCGUCUGGGAAAUAUGGUGUCGUAUGCUGUCAAUGUCUCUUCUGCAGAGGAAAUCGCCCGGACCAUGUCUUUUGCUGCUGAAAAGAACAUCCGAUUUGUGAUUCGUAACACUGGCCAUGACUACAUGGGCAAAUCCUCAGGCGCCGGUGGUCUCUCCAUCUGGACGCAUCAUCUCAAGAACAUCACCAUCCACGACUAUUCCUCGGCAAAAUACACCGGACCUGCAGUCACCAUUGGUGCCGGAGUCCAGGGCGCAGAAGUCUAUGCUGCAGUGCACAAGGAAAACAUGGUCAUGGUCGGUGGUGAAUGCGCCACUGUCGGUCCUGCUGGAGGGUACGCGCAAGGAGGUGGUCACUCGGCCCUCAGCUCACGAUACGGACUCGCAGCCGAUCAGAUCUUGGAGUGGGAAGUUAUCGAUGGUAAAGGUCGCCAGCUGCGCGCUUCACCCACGGAGAAUGCAGACCUCUACUGGGCUCUGACCGGUGGCGGCGGUGGUACUUACGGCGUCGUCACCUCGAUGACAGCCAAGAUCUUCCCCGAAUUCCCCGUUGCCGGUGUCGUUCUGGAGUUCGAGUCAGACCCUAACAACCUCGAUCCCUUCUACGAAGCGGUGGAAUACUACCACUCUCUUGUUCCUGUUCUGACAGCCGCUGGCGGCAUGGCCAUUGCGCGUGUCCAGAGCUCCUCGUUCCUUCUGACGCCUCUGACUCUGCCCGACACCACUCUGGACAAGGCCCUUGAACUGAUCACGCCUUUUACCGACAAGCUGGACAGCCUGAACAUCAGCUACGCGAUGAAUCUCACACAUUCCCCGUCAUACCUGGACCACUACAACACGCUCAUCGAGCCAAACCCAACCCAACUCGUCGACAACGGCCAAUACGGCGGCAAAUUGAUCCCACUGUCAGUGAUUGAACAGUCCAACUCUGACCUCACCGCUGCCAUGCGCAAAAUCACCCAGGACGGCGUGACCUUUGUCAGUAUCGGAUUGAAUGUCUCAUCUGCUGUGGCCGGACAGACUAACAACUCUGUUCUCCCAACGUGGAGAACGGCCGCGAUGGAUGUUAUUCUCUCAACAUCCUGGCCCGAACACGCGAACCUCAAAAAGAUGAAACAACUAGCCAACGAUAUGACCAAUAAGUGGGUCCCACUGUUGGAGUCACUCACUGACGACCGUGGCUGCUACAUGAACGAGGCCGACCCCCAACAACCAAACUGGCAAGAAGCCUUCUACGGACCCAACUACGACCGUCUCCUAUCCAUCAAGCAAAAGUACGAUCCCGAGGGCCAGUUCUAUGCGCACACUGCGGUGGGCAGUGAAAAGUGGGUGGAGGAAGAUGAUGGACGGUUGUGUCGGGCUACUUAAUCGUAGAGGUGUCUGGAUUGAUCGGUAUUAAUUAAUUAUUUGCGAUUUUGUUUAUGUAGAUAUUUAUAGAUCGAGGUGAAGAUUUUGAGAGUUUGAGAAUUUGAAUUUACUGUUAUAAAUACUUGUUUGAUGUAAUUUGGGUAUGGG